UGUCGUGGCAGCCUGUGGGAACUUGCCUUAAUUCCUAGUAAUAAUUUUGCCUUCAAUUUUUGUUGCAUGGGAGCGCAUUUACUUUAAAAACCCUGGUACAUCUGGCUGACUAUGUCUUACACUUAAAGUGCUAACCUAGGUUAAGCUGAGCUGAUUUACUGGAGGGAGAUAAGGUGGUCCUAAAGGGGCCAUAACGAAGCCGUGGUUGUUAACUCCCGAAGCCUGGUGACGGGUGACCUAUAAAACUAGCCAAUUUCCUUAGACAUUAUGCAUAAUUAAUCAUAACUGAAUCGGUAAAUGGUGAGCACUCAAUGAUACAUACAGUCUUGCCCCGUCGGGACUGACGGUAUCACGCAACUGAGCUCCCGGCACCGACGUCUUUUACUUUUGAGAGAAAAAAGUCACGAAUACGGAAGAGAUAAUUGUGGCUGUACCUUCCGCAUGCCAUUUGCAAAUGUUAGGUCCACUAUUCACUGUAUCAUCAAACCCCGGAAGAUCACGAUGAGGUGAUAACACCUUAACUUAUGCAUCCUAGUAGGAUCUCUAUAGCUUCCUGAAGAGAUAAAAAAGAUAAGAUCAAAAAUUGUUCUAGUUCUGGUUUGGUUUGCAAGACAUUCAGGGCCCUACUGAAUCGUCGGUAGACAACCAACAAUAAAUUCCGCAUUGUUAUCGACACAUAUCGUGAACAUUAUAGGUAAACAUAUAAAAGGACAUUCAUUUCUCCAAUUACUUCAUUCGCUACAACUCUUGGCAAAUUUAAUCAUCAAAAUGUUUAAGGCAACUAGCGCAGCCUGUGCCCUUCUGAUUGCCAUCGUCUCUGCGACUCCGUUUAGGGAUUGUGGAUCAACAUCAUCUUUAACCGCUGUGCGUGUUCCUGGCUGCGAGGUACUACCAUGCAUCGUAUACCGUGGAACCAACGUUUCUGUCGAAUACGACUUCGUCUCAGCGGUUUCUACUAACGCGUUGACGACCGACGUGAAGGGCGUUAUUGGUGGCGUAACUCUUCCUUGGCCUGGUAGAUUUCCUCCUGCUUGCGAGGACGUAAAAGCUGGUGACUGCCCUGUGGCAGAGGCUGAGCCCAUUACUAUGUCAACCCUUUUAGUUCUAUCUUCUUCCUUCCCUUCGGUGAAUGCCAAAGCCAUAUGGGGACUUCGCGACGAUAGUGAUAGCACUCUUGUUUGCUUCGAAGUAACUGUCAAACUUCUAUAAAUCAAGCGAUCCACCUCUUCUGCCAAAGGCAACUUCAUAGAGUGCUUUUUUACAUGCAUGUCAAGGUUUCUUUCAAAUCCAUGCGAUUUUAAUAAAUUUCACCGAGUUCCUUGAAA